GACGCAGCUGUCGUCGGCAGUUUAAAGGGCUUUCACAUGUUAUACAGUAACAGGACUGUCGAUGCUCGUACUCUUCUCAGCCCAGUUCUCCGACCUUGGGUCAUUUUCAGAACGGAGGCGGAGAUAGAUCAUCACCGUCAUCUGUAACAGGCUGUGCAAACUACAACUGGCUUUCAUUCGAGAUUAUUUUGAGGGCUUGUAAUUAUACACCAGCACUGUUUGACCCCUGCAAGUCUCCAAAAAAAGCAGAGUGCCAUCUUUCCACUACUCUUUGAAAACAGGAAGAGGAAGUAAGGCAAGAGCACGUUCUUUCUGAAGGUCAUCAUAGCCUGACAUGCCUGUGUUUCCACUGCUGCUAUGGAGAACGUAACUGCUAGCGAGGAACCAUCCGCUACAUUGAUGUACCACGUGGAACGACCCGUGUUCAAUGAAGGAUAUAUUGACUCAGAGCUUCUGCACAGGAAGAAGAGGACACCAAAGUCCUGUAGACGGAGAAUAACUGAGCAUCUCCGCUGCUCGUCUGAGAAAGCCAAAUCGGUUGCACUUAGUUUUUUUCCCAUUUUAACAUGGCUCCCAUCUUAUCGAGUAAAGGAAUACCUGUUUGGGGACAUCGUUUCUGGCAUCAGCACAGGUGUAAUGCAGUUACCUCAAGGGCUUGCUUAUGCGAUGUUGGCAGCUGUUCCUCCAGUGUUUGGGUUAUAUUCAUCAUUUUAUCCAGUCCUAUUAUACACAUUCUUUGGUACCUCCAGACAUAUAUCAAUAGGCACUUUUGCAGUAAUCAGUCUUAUGAUUGGCGGAGUGGCUGUAAGGGAGGUCCCGGACUCCAUGUUUGCGGUCAAUGGGACCAACGCAUCACAGGUUGUGGAUUUUGAUGCCCGUGAUGCCAGAAGAGUGGAAGUGGUUGUAGCUCUGACAACCCUAGUAGGAAUCAUUCAGUUUGUUUUGGGUCUGCUGAGAUUCGGCUUCCUGGCUAUUUAUCUGACUGAGCCACUGGUGCGAGGUUUCACUACGGCUGCCGCUGUGCACGUCUCGGUGUCGCAGCUCAAGUACCUGCUGGGUGUCCACACUGCGCGCUUUAAUGGGCCUCUCUCUGUAGUGUAUAGCAUUGAAGCUGUCUUCAGUAACAUUGCCACCACUAAUGUCGCCACGCUUAUUAUUGGACUGGUGUGCACUGUAUUCCUGUAUAUCAUCAAAGAUCUCAAUGAACGCUUCAAGAAGAAGCUACCUAUCCCCAUCCCUGGAGAAAUCAUAGUGGUAAUCGUGUCCACUGGAAUCUCGUACGGGAUGCUUAUGUCUGAAAACUAUGGCGUAGAAGUUGUGGGUAAAAUUCCCACUGGGUUGCUGCCACCCAAGAUUCCAGACUUCUCAGUCUUUCCUAACCUUCUUGCAGACGCCGUUGCUAUAUCUGUUGUUGGCUUCUCGAUUGCAAUAUCAUUAGCCAAAAUCUUUGCUCUCAAGCAUGGAUACAGUGUGGAUGGAAAUCAGGAGCUCAUGGCGCUGGGACUUUGUAACUUUAUGAGUUCAUUCUUCCACACGUUUGUCGUUACCGCCUCAAUGUCUCGCACCCUGGUACAGGAGAGCACAGGAGGACACACUGAAAUUGCGGGACUGUUGGCGUCCUUACUCGUGCUACUGGUUGUGGUGGCCAUUGGAUUUGUCUUUCAGCCUUUACCUACAACUGUGUUGGCUGCUAUCAUCAUGGUCAAUCUUCUGGGGAUGUUUAAGCAAAUGAGAGACAUUCCUGUAUUAUGGAGAACCAGCAAGAUUGAACUGGCAAUUUGGCUGGUGUCCUUUUUUGCAUCGGUUUUCCUUGGUCUGGAUUAUGGUCUGGUAGUUUCCAUGGGCUUUGCCAUACUCACAGUUAUUUACAGAACACAGUGCCCUAAGAAUGCUCUUCUUGGACAAAUCCCAGAUACUGGAUUGUACUUUGAUGUGGAUGACUAUGAAGAGGCUGAGGAAUGCUCAGGGAUUAAGAUUUUUCAGUCCAAUACCUCCAUCUACUUUGCAAACAGUGACCUGUAUGUGAGCGCCCUCAAGGCGAAGACUGGAAUUGACCCGGCACAACUGCUCACUUCCAGGAACUCACAGCUAAAAUAUGCGAAAAGAGACAACGGGAAGAGUAAGACUGUAAACCAUGACUCUUCACUGAAGAAACAUGCAGUUGUCUUAUUGGAUGUGGAGCUGGGUGUCACUCAUGAGGUGGUGAAUGGGUCACAAAAACAGAUGCAUGUGUACAGCAAUGGCCAGAGGACUGAGAACCACAAUGAGUCUGAAUCUGAGGACGACUUCUUUCUGCAGCGUCUAACCCCCAUUCACUCCAUCAUACUGGACUUUACUCCUGUUAACUUUAUUGACUCUGUAGGAGCCAAAACUAUUAAAUCAGUGAUCAAGGAGUAUGCAACAGUUGACGUGAAAGUUGUACUUGCUGGAUGUAGCAGAAUCCUUCUGUCUGAUCUCAGGACACUAAAAUUCUUCUGUGAGCCUGUGACCUCUGACCUCAUUUUCCCUACAAUUCAUGACGCAGUCUUGCACUGUAAGCACAGGAAGAACCUCCCCAUCUGUCCUGACAUCCAUUGAACACACAAACCAAACUGACAUUUCAACUUUGUUGGAACAAGCACAAGUACUGUUACGUUAAUUGGGUCACUUUAGGAUGAAUGACACGAUAACAAAAGAAGGCUGGGAAAGCAAUGAGCUGGCCAAAAUGUUUUCAGUGUAAACGCUUUAUUUAAUGUGAAUAUAUCAGCAAAUAUUGGGCUUAAUAUCUUUGGUGCUCUUGCACUAGCCUUGUUACGAAUGACUAUAAUAAAACACUCUGUAGUUUCUUUAAGUGCAAUUAGGAUAGAUUGAUUCUUGAAGUGUUUAUUUUUUUGCACUCGUCUUUUGACAUUCCAGUAAGGAUCGAAAUUUUGUUUUAAAGUUGUACGCCAUGUGCUUGCUGUUUGUUAAUACAAAUUAUUUUCUUUUCACAGGAUUAAAUUUUUGUUUACUUUCUUUUUGUUUCUCAUCUGUCUGUAGUAUUCAGGAAAAAAAGGCUUAAUAUGUUACAUAUUUAAAACCUGAUCUCCAUUUAAUCAAGACACUUUUUGUCAAAAGAUUUAGCCAGGGUUUUUUGGAACCUACUGCAAUUUUUUUUUUUUUUUUUGUGGCUACAAAGAACAUUAUUAACAUAAAAGGGUCUUAGUUAAUGAUUAUUGAAACAGCUGAUUCCAUGAAGACUUUAAUUUCGGGUAUUCUUGUCUUUAGGACAUUUACAUGGAAAGCCCACAGGCUGAGACUUUCUCUGACAUGUUUGACACAGAAAUGUUCACUCGGAGUACGUUUUGGUUCACAGCAAGUGCACGCACUUACUAAUAUUAUUAUGUACUGCCACAGAUGCUGUUUCAUUACAGUAAUGAAGACCAAAAAGUUACACAAUCAGUUGCAACUGCAUAUAAUGUAAUGCAUUGUCUUUAUGGAUAUAAGCUAUUUUUGUAUAAUAAAUUCAAAUCAUGACUCUAAA